GGAAGGGAGAAGGAGCGAAGGAAAGGGACAAAGACCUUCAUUUCCAUGUGCUGAAGUUGCGCGGGUUUCAGCAGAUCCGCAGCCGAGCCCUUUCAAUGUCGACAAUUCUUGACAAGAUCUGCGAGCGCAAGAGGGUGGAGGUGGCUGAUUUGAAGCGGCGGCUGUCCCAGGACCCCUCCCAUCCCAUCCACGCCAUUCUCUCAUCCACCAGGCCCAACCCACGCCGAUUCGAGGCCGCCCUCCGGGCGCCCGGCCUGUCGGUGAUUUCUGAGGUGAAGCGCAAGUCCCCGUCUGCCGGCAGCAUCGGUGCCAUCCCUGACCCACUCGCCCUCGGCAAGACUUACCAGGACGGAGGCGCUUCGUGCAUCUCAUGUCUGACCGACUACGAGGCCUUUGGCGGCACUCUUGAUGACCUGCUCGCACUGCGCGAGGAGGUGACGAUUCCCAUCCUGCGGAAGGACUUCACCGUGGACCUUGUGCAGAUAGCCGAGGCGAUAUGGGCGGGGUCGUCGGCAGUGCUGCUGAUAGUAGCGGUGCUCAAGGACGAGACGGCGUGGUUCAUCCAGAAGUGUGAGGAGCUGGGCAUCGACGCCCUGGUGGAGGUGCACGACGAGGCGGAGCUGAGGAUAGCUGUGGAGGGCAAGGCGAGGAUUAUCGGGGUUAACAGCCGCAACCUCAAGACAUUCCACACCGACCUGGCGGUGGCGGAGCGGCUGGCCAAACACCUCCCCGAUGGCAUCGUCAAGGUGGCCGAGUCGGGCAUACAUCACCCAGAAGACGCACGAAGGAUGUACAGAGCUGGUACGUACGGCGGAAAGGGAGGGGGUGGCCAUGGGUGAGAGAGAAUGAUAUGUAUAUGAAUCUGUGUCUGUCACGUUACCCGCCCUAAGGUUAUGAUGCGGUGCUGGUUGGUGAGUCGCUGGUUAAGGCUGCAGACCCCGGAGUGUUCAUCCAGCAGAUGAGGGGCAUGCUGCCCUUCCAGCCCAGGCCACCCGCCAUCAAGAUAUGCGGCCUCACGGACCCACACACAGCUGCCCACGCGGCAAAGGCGGGGGCGCACUUCGUCGGCAUUGUCUUCGCAAAGGUAGCAUCCGUUAAAGGGAUAGUAAAGGAAGGGCCCUAUUUGUGUUUGUUCUGAUCCUCAGGGUUCCAAGCGCUUCGUGGGUUCGGUCGACCGUGCGUCAGAGGUGAGCAAGGCAGCGGCGGCUGAAGGGGCCGAGGCGUGGGGCGUCUUUACGGAACAAUCGGCUGACGAAAUCAUCGACAUUGUCAACACAGCACAACUGAAGGUCAGUGGGAACCCACUAAGGGAGGCAUCCCUUAGUGUCUCUGCAUCCUCAUGUGUGACUAUGCUCGGGACUGACCAGGGUGUCCAGUUGCACGGCGAUGGGUGCCGUGCGGCCUUCGCAGAGAUCGACGCCAGGCUCCCGCCGACAGUGCGAAGGUCAGUAAAGCAUCCAUCAACCAACCAUGAAACAUAGCCCUGGACUGGAUGGAUAAAGGCGUCUUCUGUCUGUGCUAACGAUGCGUGUCAUUUGCAGGGUGUACGUGUGCAGCGUGUCUGAGGAUGGGCACGUAUCCCACGAGCUGCCGCCCGCAGUCAAGGCCUCACUGCAGAAGCACCGCGACUACGUCCUGUACGAUGGGGUGAGGCCCGGAGCGGGGACGCCAUUCGAGUGGGUAAGUUUGAGGGGGCCUUGCGGAGUCACAGGCUGAGUGGGUACACAGAAGGAUUCAUGGAUGUUUGUAGGAGCUGUUCCAUCCCGAUCGCGAGUUACCCUUCUUUCUUGCGGGGGGCCUAGCGCCGGAAAACGUCGCUGAGGGUACACUCAGAGAGACAGAGUUCUCUAGAGAACACUGCAUUGUCCGCCGCUUGUGUCUGUGGGCGCGCAUGCCUUGUGCGAAUGCAGCCUUGGCUCAGGUUCAUCCGACGGGGGUGGACGUGUCAAGCGGCGUUGAAGAGACACCAGGUGGGUACAUGUGUAGUCGACGGAGCCGUGAAGCCGUCAUGUUGUCAUUCGUCCGUCCACAGGGUGUGGUCGGAAGGACCCGGCCAGGAUGGUCUCGUUCAUCGAGGCAGUCAGGACCGCCAAAGCAUCCCCCACAGCUGUGCAGGCACCGACUGUAUGUGCCAACGGGCUCACCUGACCUACAAGCGUGGGCCAGGCAACUUGCUGAGGGCGCAUGGAUCCAUUGAACCAUAUUGUGGAUCGGUCCUGUACGCCAAGUGAUACCAGCAAACGUGUUUUUGUGUGCGUCCAUGAGCCAGUGAAGCGUUAUAGCUUUCCUUGUUUGAAUCGCCCUGCUAGGAGCUUUUUUGAAUUGUAGAUGCAUGCAAGCAGCUGGGUGUGGAGUAGGAGUGAGGUAGGCCGGUCGAACAAACUGUCUAUGAGAGACCAGCUGCACAUGGGUACAUGAACGUUUGUUAUCGAUGUUCGUCC